AUGCGAAUCACAUUGGUGUUAGAGGCAGCCACCUGUGCUGACAUUGGAACUGACAUUAAUAAUGGCAGUUUUAAUGCCCUAGGUGGAGUUCGAAGUUACCAGCUUCAAAAUUGGAAGCAGAAAGCUAUUCGAACUAAGAAAGCAGAAUUCAUCCGCACAGCUGAAAAAUAUAAAAAUCAAGUUAUUAACUUAGAAAAAGAUAAGAACAGUCAUUUCUACAACCAAAAAAAUGUCUUCAGAAUUGAGCAUAGUAUGCUUGAGGAAUUGGAAAAUAAAUUGAUUAUCAACAGGAAAACAGAAAUUGUUGAAAAGCUCAGAGAAAUGAUGGAAGAAAUUGAAAAUGCAAUUAAUACUUUCAAAGAAGAGCAGAGGUUGAUUUAUGAAGAGCUUAUUAAAGAAGAGAAGACAACUAAUAAUGAACUGAGUGCUAUAUCAAGAAAAAUUGACAUCUGGGCUUUGGGUAAUUCAGAAACGGAGAGAGCUUUCAGAGUCAUGGCAAGCAAGAUGCCUGUAGACAAAGUAGCACCAAGUAAUCUUCCAGAAGAAGUGGUGGAUUUUGAGAAAUUCCUUCAGCAAACAGGAGGGCGGCAAGGAGGCUGGGACAACUAUGACCACCAGAGCUUUGUAAAAGUGAGAAACAGAUACAAAGGGAAGCCAGCGUUUAUGGGAGAAGUUCUAGAACACCUUCCUGGAAGGACACAGGAGGAAGUGCAGCAGCAUGAGAAAUGGUAUCAAAAGUUUCUGGCUCUAGAAGAAAGCAAAAAAGAGUCUAUUCAAAAUUGGAAAACUAAAAAGCAGCAAAAAAAGGAGGAAAUUUUCAAGACAAAGGAAAAGGCAGAGGAUAUGCUUCUUCUUUGUCAUAAUAAACAAGAAGAUGGUCAAAAACUAAAAGAAGAAAGAAGAAAACAGAAAUUGGCAGUUGAAGCUUGGAAAAAACAGAAAUGCAUAGAAAUGUCCAUGAAAAAUGCUUGUCAGUUCAAAGAUGAGGAAGAGAGAGAAAGAAAACAGCAGAAGGAGCGGCAACGCCAGUUUAAACUAAAACUACUACUAGCAAACUAUACCCAGCAGAAGAAAGAGCAAGAAGAAUUCUUGAGGCUUGAAAAGGAGGUGAGGGAGAAGGCAGAAAAGGCUGAAAAAAGGAAAACUGCUGCUGAUGAGAUUUCCAGGUUUCAAGAAAGAGAUUUACAUAAACUUGAAUUGAAAAUUCUAGACAGACAGGCAAAGGAAGAUGAAAAGGCAGAAAAACAAAGAAGAAGGGCAAAAUUAAAAGAGAAGGUUGAAAACAAUGUUAGUAGAGAUCCAUCUAGGCUUUACAAACCUACCAAAGGUUGGGAAGAGCGAACCAAAAAGACAGGACCAACAGGCUCUGGGCCACUCCUAUUUAUCCCACAUAGGGCUAUCCCAAGCUGGAGACAAGGAUUAUAGAGAAACAUGUGAAGAUAAUGAAAUUGGUAUUCAGUUAAUAACAGUGUUAGCAUAUUUUGUUAUGUUGGGAGAUAGUGUUACUAACCAUGGUCUUUAAAUAGCAUUAGCAUAGUUAGAUUGAUUAUUAAUUGUGCUUGUAUGUGAAUUGACAGGUAUUAGGUUUCUUGCUGGCAUUGCAUUUGUAUUUCGUUUAUGCUAAAAGGGAUAUUUAAUGUGUGUUUGUUGGCUUAUUGGUAUACAAGUUUGUUACAAACAUUAAAAAAUGCAUAGAACAUUUUGAAAGAUACCUUGUUUUGUUAUGAUAAAAUAAAUUGGGACAAUCAUUGAUAUUUUCUAAACCAAAAAUUUUCAAAUUUUCAAUCUGGUGAUAAGUUACUGUCUUGAAUAACAAAAAUACUGAGUUUUGGUUGUUAGAGUGAAAUAAGUUAGUACUUUUUCUAAGUUUAACAAAUUGGUACUUUUGCAGUUAUUACUUUUUGGUGUAAUAUUUUGUACUUAUUUAAAAGCAUGUUUUGUUUUAUAGAUAAUAUUUAUUCCAAAAAUGUACCUCUCACAUCACAAACCAUUUCAAUUGUAUUAUUGAUAACAUCUCUUUGGUUUCCUCAGCUAUUUCAAAUUUCUCUCUACUGAAUACAUUCAUAAAAUCUUAAUGCCUUUCAUAUCUUUUUGGCUAAUGCAAUUUUCUUUCUGCUCCUGUUUAUCUCUCAAUAUUAAAAUUCAUUAUCUGAAA